CUUAUCAGUCGCUCCCCUGUGUUAGUCUGCCGCCUGCUGUCUGUCAGUAGUCGUCGUUUCUCUUCCCACUUGUUGAAUGCAGACGGAGUGGUUAACUUAAAGUGAACUUUACCAACAAAUACCGACAACUUCGGCAGCGGAACACAGCACCCUCACUCCUUGUUGCACUUCUCCAUGGAAACUGUUCAGCAAUUGAAGUCUGGGUUUUCUCUGGACCUGGGACCAUUGAAGGAACCACUGGGGUUUAUUCGUGUCCUAGAAUGGGUCUUCGCUAUCUUUGCCUUUGCCACCACUGGAGGUUAUUCUGGAGCAACACACUUCAAAAUGAAAUGUCCGGACGAAAUGAUGAACAUUGAAGCUCAUUUUGCCUACCCAUUCAGGUUACCAGCAUAUCCAUACACCAUACAGUAUUGUAACAGCACUGAAAUCACACACUACCUGCGGGGUGACUUCUCCUCUUCUGCAGAGUUCUUUGUGUGCAUCGGUGUGUUUGCGUUCCUUUAUUGCACCGCCACGUUGGUCCUCUACCUGGGCUACCAGCAUGUCUAUCGCCAAACCCCCCGUGGGCCCAUCAUCGACCUGGUGGUGACUGCUGCCUUUGCCUUCCUGUGGUUUGUGUCCUCCUCAGCUUGGGGAAAAGGCCUCACAGAUGUCAAAUAUGCCACCAACCCAGAUCAUCUUGCGGAACAGUGCAAAAGCAUAUGUGAACCAGGAAGCUAUCCUUCUAUGGGCCGGCUUAACGCCUCUGUGAUCUUUGGCUUCUUGAACUUGAUCCUGUGGGCUGGUAACUGUUGGUUCAUCUACAAGGAGACCCCAUUCCACAAGGAUCCAGUCCCACCAGCCACCAUGGAGGAAGGAGGGGCUCCUGGGCCUUAGACACAUCACUGAGGGUCCUCCAGCGUUGCUCCAUACCCCCAGCAAAGCUUUGUGCCCAACAUUGGUCUCUGAUGUUAACCUGCAGAAAUGGACGUCCCUAAUACCUCCUCCCCUUUCUCCUAUACAUCAUAUGUUUUAUUUUUAUAACUUUCAUCAAAUCCUGAUCCUUGCGCCUUGAAAAAACUAAGCUAAAAUUGAAAGUUAAAUUUUUAUGUUAAAUAAGAAAUGAUUUGUAUAUUUGUUUUUCAGAGCUCAGAUUCACGGUGCAUUUACCUCCAUGUCGCAGACCGUCCUCCCUCUGUCUGCCCCUCAGGGAGCUGCCUAGUGAUGAAAAUAUGAUGUUUGAACCCAGUAUCUGCACUGGUUCCCUCAAGUGGGAGAAAAGAUGAACAGAAGUUCAAACCAAGCCUUUUUCACACCUGCUAAAAGCAAGCGCUGCCUUAGAAAGACAAAAACACAAGCAGUGAGAGUAAAUGCACGGCUGGGGUCCUGUGGAGGACUGUGUUUAAAUUACCUGUAAGAUGAAAUGCUUCAACAUAUAGUACUGUAACUUUAACCUUUGUUGUUUCUCCAAUACAUAAGCAUAAAAUUGGAGACGUAAAGAAGAUGUCCCUUUUGCACAAUGAAGAAGGAGGGCAGUGUGAAGGAGAAAUAUCAGUCAUAAUAUUACAAGAAUAAAGCUGUAAUAUUCCUCUGAUGUAGGCGAGUGGCCAGCUAAACAUUUGAAUACUGCAUCAUGAAAAUAAGUAGUCAGUAAAACAAAUGAUUAUCUUUAUAAGUUGAAAGUUAAUGUGGGUCAGAAGUCGUGUCUAAGCUGUAAUGCAGCUAUCUGCCACCAGCCAGCUGUAUGCCCAGUUAUUAAUUCUUUUCUUCUUGCUCUGCUGCCAAAAUGUAAACAAGCACAGUGGACGGAAAGCAUCUGAUAGGAGCCUUUAGGUAGUUUGGACCUAGAACUUUGAGCUAAAUUUGUUUAAUUUGCCAGGCCAGCAUGACACUGGCCUGGAAAAUUAAACAAAUUAACUGGAGAAAUAUAUAAUCAAAUUUUAAACUGGCCUUUAAUGUUACCCUAAGUGUCUGUAUUAGCACUGCUAACACUGAAGUAACAAGGCCACAUUUAAAGUCAGUGAAAAUAGUAUAGCUAUUACAAGAAUAAAGUCAUAGUAGUUCCAGGAAUGUAUGCAGCUGCUUAGGUAAACAUUUAUAUGUAGUCAGCCUUGCUAGAUAUCAGUAGAAUUACUUGACACUUAAAGGAAUGGUUAUUAUUUUUAGAUAAAGACCCUCAAUGCUGGUCAGAUGUUGUGUCCAAACAGUAACAUAGUCACUACCUGGGACUGUAGCCCCAUUUAUUGAUCCUUUUCUCCUCACUUUGCUGCCAUUAAAUAAGCAAGCAUGACAGACGGUGUCUCGUCGGAGCAAAACAGUUGGGCAAACAUUGCUCCAAAAAAUUGAAAUCAAGAUGUAUGUGCACUGUAGAAAUAUCAACUGGAACAAUAUAUAACCAUUUUGCACGUGCAUAUAGAUAUUGACCUGUAAGGAGAUUUCUAGUGUUGGCACUGCUAACAUAAAAGUAAGAAGGCCACAUUAAUAUUUACAAGAGUCCUGAUGCAAGAAUGAAGACAAAACAAUCCUAGGGAUGUAGAAGACUAGCCAGCAAAAUGUUUAGAUGUCAGCUUGUCUUGACAUGAACAGAAUUACUUCUUGUCUAGAUAAAGAAUUAAUAUUUAUAUAUGUAGGCCCACAGUGCUGGUUAAAUGUUGUGUCCAAGCUGUAACACAGUCAGUAGCUGGGGCUGUAGCCCUAUUUAUUGAGCCUUCUCUUUGCUUUGCUGCCGCAACAGAAGCAAGCACAGUGGACAGAUAGCAUCAAAUACCAGCAAUUCAUUUUGGGAAUAUUUUGAGCUGGAAAAUUCGGAUUAUCUGUGUGCAGACUGUAGACAUAUUGGCUGGAGGAAUAUGUAACUAUAUCUUGCACAAGCAUAUUGUUGUUAGCCUGCAAGCAGGUCAACUGCUCUGAAAUUAAAUUUGUGUUUAAUUAACUUUGCUUGCAAAGCAAGCAAGUGAUGUUGACAAAAUCACCUUAUUCCAGUUGGUUUCUACUUUUCUUUUUCCUGGCUGCGAGCGAUCAUUAGCCACAAAAUCAGCUUGAUUAUACUGAUUCUUACUGAAGUGCUUUGACAGCAUGCAAGGAAUGCGGCAUGACAUCUUUCACCCACCACAGUAAUAUUUUCUUCCCUGUUAGGUGAGGAACAAGGAAAGAGGGAGAUGAUAAGGCAUCAAGAUGGUCAGAAAUAUGUCCUUGAUGUCACUCAGCAGAGUUUGUUAGCUUGUAUGUGAAAGUGGAGAUAGUUGUGCAUGAUUAAUAUCGAUAUCCAUAUUUGAAUAUGUUUGUGUCAACAUGGACGGAGAUUUAAAUUUUUAAUGGAUGCAGUGUUAACAGCGGGUAAGCACUGUUGAGCGAUAACACUCAUUCUGAAACACUCGCAUGCUAACAGGAAACAUGUUUGAGUGUUCUAAGAUUAUGCAAGCAGCAGGACAGACGGUACGGUUUCUACCAUGACACUCCAUUUUCUUUGCUCAACCAACAGAGCUGGUUAGCUUGUUUUACAGAGUGGAGAUAGCGGUGCAUCAAUAAUAUCCAUAUCCAUGAUUGUUUACUUUGACUUGUGUUAACAUGCAGACAAAUAUAUUUGGUUCAAGACUGUCAAAGACUUGUCAGUAAAGAGCACCUCACUCUUAUUUUUUAUAUUCAAAAUAAAAGCAAUAGAUUUCAAACUGGUUAAGGGUUAAACUUAAAUUUACAAGGCAGAUAAUUAAAAAUUUAACAGAUUCAGUGUGGACAGUGAGCUUCUGAUGCUUUCAUGCUGCUAGGACGCCUAAUACAACAAGGAAAAAGUCAAAUAGUCUCAUAUUUAAGUUAGAGUUAUGGGUUAAAUGUUGAAAUGUAGGCUAUAGUUGUCCUGUUAGCUGUUUUAGGGCUGCAUGGUGGUGCAGUUAGACGGCAGCAGGGUUUCUGAUUUGAUUUCUAGUCUGGUAGGGCCUCUCUGUGUGAGGUUUGCAUGUGCUCUCUGCACAUGCGUGGUUUGUGCUUCCUCCCACAGUCCAAAAACAUGCUUGAUUGGCUGUUUGUUGACUAAAUUGCCCAUAGGUGUGAGCAUGAGUCAGACUUCUUGUUUGUCUCCUGCUGUUAUUAGGUGGUGACCAGUCCAGCGUGUACCCUGCUUCUUGCCCAGUGACAGCUGGGGUAGCCUCCAGGACAAUGGGAUAAGCUGCAUAGAUGAUUAGUAGAUAGAAGUAUGCUAUUUUGAAGCAAAUGAGGAGCAGUCAGCUGCCUGCAGUGAAACAAGGAACAUUGAUCAACCUGUCAAGUAAUGUAGUUUUUACUUUAUUCUUGUAAUAAACCGUCCUUUUCUCAGUAAUAUUACAACUUUAUUCAUGUGAUAUAGCAAAGUUAUUCACCUUAUCUUGGUUUUCUCUUUCAAAUGCCCGACAUCUUCUCAUGUAUUUCUGUCUCUCUAAAUGCACAGCCAUGCCUUUACCCACAAACUUGACACUACUGACACUCAGUUACUUCACUUGCUGGAAAAAAAAAACAAUACACACUUAAGAGAUAAAACACUCAACGAAAGCAGCUUUGACUUUGAAUACUAUUCUAAGUGCUAUUUGAGAUUGUGUUUGCAUCUGUUUUUUAUGUUCAGCCUGUAUCUAGAUUGAAGAGACUCUUUUUAUGUUUACCACAGUAGCUGUCAAUGUUACUUUAACUCUACUCCAGAAAACACUCAGCCUCAUUUGAAUUCCUUUUUGCAAAAACUAGCUUGCAGGGACAUUUCUAUGCAGCUCACAUGUCUUUUUAUCAAUAUUAAUUGGUUCGUUGCAGAUUUUUUUUAAACCAAUGUUGGGUUUCUGUUUGUAUUAACCUCUGUAAAAUGGUUUGCGUGCAGCUUCUCUCUGAUUAUUUUGUUAACUUGUCAGAUUUAAUGUUUGUUAACCUAUUAAUGUGCCUUACACUAAAUCUUGUAAUCAUAGAAAAAAAAAGAGUCAAACUUAAAGUUAGGUUAUCCUACUGUAUUUCUUUAUCACUCCUGCCUCAAGUUCUCCUCAUUUAUCUUAACACCAUGCAUGUGAAGGUUUUGUAUGAUACUGAUGACUAUUUACAUUGCACUUAAAGGGAACUAUUUCUCUCUUUGCAGUAUCUGUUUUCAUUCGAUUUAUCAGGCUAUCCAUGCAGCUGUAUCACCAAACACUAGGUAAUCUUUGAAGCACCAUUGCUAAAGUAAUAUAUUUCCCGUUGUGUUGAAAUUAGACGUAUAUUUAGUGAGAUGAAAAUAAAUUCUGAAAGAUAAAUCUGUUGAUUAGAGCAGAGUGAUAUGUAAUUAACAAUUGAUCUUGGACUUUGUGUAUUUUUAUCCCUUGUUCGUGAAGAACGGUUCAUGUGUAUUGACCGGUGUAAAAUAUGAGAGCUGCAACUGCUGGA